AUGACAUUCGUUUUCCACGGAUGCGGUUCGACAGUGGACAAGGUAUCUUUGAAUACUUAUUCGAGGGCGGAGAGGUUCAACAGAUCGUGCCUGCAAGCUGCAGCUGGCCGGGAUUUGGCGAAAAUACGGACAACUCAAGGACGGUAUCUCCGUCCCGACAACGCCUAUAGAAAACCGUUGGCCCUUGCUGGUUGGCCCUCCAACCGUAUCUAUGAAUCAAGUCGCUGGCUGAACCAAGACCCGGACAAACGAGACAUCAUUAUUUACCGUGAUAUUCUUUACUGCUUCAUCAUCAUUCAAUCAGCGUUACCGGCAGUAUCUAUUCCUUCAUCGCAUACUCAACCGACUAUGAGUUCUGACACCGAUGACCAUUGUCGAUUAAGCCCGGCAUGCGCAGACUCCCUUGUGAGGCCCAUCCCGGAUUUCUAUUGCGUCUAUCUACUACGAUCAACGGUUAAAAGCACAAGCCUCUACAUUGGAUCUACUCCCAACCCAGCGAAGAGGUUAGCGCAGCACAACGGCAUCAAAUCCGGUGGUGCCAAGAAGACCCAUAACGAGACCCUCAGGCCAUGGGAGAUGGUCAUGAUUGUGAGCGGAUUUACCAGCAGGACGGCGGCAUUGCAAUUCGAGUAUGCUACGUCCUUUCCCCCUUACCUCCAGAGUGGGGCAGACAAUGCAUUAGUAUGGUCGUGGCAGUAUGCUCGAGACUCCCCCCAUGUCAGCAAAGAGGAUAAAACUUUGUAUUCCAAAACACACAGGGGUUCCGCCACGGGUAAAUUAACCAACGGCAAUGCUAUUCCUCGUGUGUCCCUGAAAGGCGUUUUAACAUCGUUGCAUGUGCUUCUGCGCACGCCGUAUUUCUCACGCUGGCCGCUGGAGGUCCGCUUCUUCUCACCUGCGAUAUUUCGUGCAUGGCAAGGAUGCUGCCAGGCGCUUCACGAUUUGGUCCCAGAUUCAAUUAGUGUGGUCACAGAUCAGUGCGUGGACGGCGUUAAGCCACUUGAUCGCCUUGACAUUCAGAAUAUCAAACUCAAGGAUUAUUUCAGCAAGUCAAAGUUCCUUCUUGACAAGGACGAAAUCCUUCAGUGUGCAAUAUGCAAGGAAAGGCUGGACCUAGACAACAAUCUGGUGGUUCUCUGUCCACAAGAGCAUUGCAACUGCGCGUCUCAUAUAGUGUGCCUUGCGUCUAAGUUUCUUCGGGCUGAGAACGAACUAAACAGGAUGAUUCCUAGAGGCGGAGAAUGCCCGGUCUGCGGUACUGAGGUGAAAUGGUCGAUUUUGAUGAGAGAACUGACAUUCAGAGUACGUGAAGCGACCAUCGAGAGCAACGUCCGUUAUAGAGAGCCAAAAUCGAAUAAGGGAGCCCCGUGUACAGGUAGGAUCGUUGUGUCCGAACUGGGCACUAGGGUCGUUACUUUGACAGUUGAUUGA